AUGGGGACCCUUGGCUGUAACCCCGAUGCACGGCUGACCACAGCACCCCAGGGCUGGCGGGCCGCCGAGUGCCCGAUUCUGGACGUCGGCUUGAGGAAGUCCUGUGGGACGGCCACCGUGGAGAUCGGCUCGGGGCCAGGCUUGUACAUCCUGCCGCCCACUGUGGGCUACAUCAACCACGACUGCACCAGGGCGCUCAGCCCGGCCUACUCCCUCUUCUGGAGGCCCAGCCCCGCAUCUCCACAGGACACCAGCCCUGGGCCUGUCUACUUCCUGGACCCAAAAGUCACCCGGUUUGGCCGAAGCUGCACCCCUGCCUACUCCAUGCAGGGCCGAGGCAAGUCUCGGGGUCUGGAGGUGACACCAGGCCCCGGGGCCUACAGCCCAGAGAAGGUGGCCCCUGUGCGUCAGCGGACCCCCCCGGCUUUCACUCUGGGCUCCCGCCUGCGCCCACAGCUCCAGGACACCUCAGCUCCUGCCCCCAACACCUACACCCUGCCCUCCCUCUGGGGCUCCCAGAUAUUCACUAAGCCCCGCAGCCCCAGCUACACAGUGGCAGGCCGCACUCCCCCCAUCCGCCCCCCUCAGGACCCUGCUGAGAUCCCGGGCCCCGGCCAGUAUGACAGCCCAGACCCCAACACCUACCGUCAGCGCCGGCCCGCCUUCACCAUGCUGGGCCGGCCUCGUGCCCCCCGUCCCCCGGAAGAGACCCCUGGGCCUGGAACCCACAGACCUGAGCAGGUCACCAUGACCAAAGCCAGAGCCCCAGCAUUCACCAUGGGCAUCCGCCACUCCAGACAGGCGGCCACCAUGGCUACGGACACCACGCCCUGACACCUUGGGGUCAGGGCUCCUAGCUGCCCCUGAACCAAGCCUCAGUUUACCUGCCUUGUCAAGUGGGGGUGUGGGAAGC